GUCACAACCCGGGCUUCUGCCCCGCCCGUCCCGCCUGUCCGCUCGUCGGUCCCCGCGGCGGCGGCGGCGGCGGCGGCGGCGGCUGCCCAGUAACAACGGAGGCGGCACCAGGCCGGCCGUAGAAGCUUAGGGUCGUAGGGCCCGGAAACGCACACGCGGCCGAAGGGCGGCGCCGCUCGAGGAAGGCCAGAGCCGGGUCGCGCGGGAGGAAACCUCGCGGGCGCCGGGCGAGAGGCCGGCGUGAGGGAGCGCGGAGGCAGUGGCCGCUGCCGGCCCGGACCCGCCUGUUCUCGCGGCCGCCGCCAGCAUGAGCCACAUCCAGAUCCCGCCGGGGCUCACGGAGCUGCUGCAGGGCUACACGGUGGAGGUGCUGCGGCAGCAGCCGCCCGACCUCGUCGACUUCGCGGUGGACUACUUCACCCGCCUGCGCGAGGCCCGCUCGCAACCCGCCAGCCCGCCCGCCGCCCCUCCUUCCGGCUCCCAGGGUCUGGAGCCCUGCCCUGGCCUGGUCGCCGACGCGAAGGCGGACACCGAGUCGGAGGACGACGAGGACCUGGAUGUUCCAAUUCCUGGCAGAUUUGAUCGGCGAGUAUCAGUCUGUGCUGAGACCUAUAACCCUGAUGAGGAAGAGGAAGAUACUGAUCCAAGGGUGAUUCAUCCUAAAACUGAUCAACAGAGAUGCAGACUUCAGGAAGCUUGCAAAGAUAUUCUCCUUUUCAAAAAUCUUGAUCAGGAACAACUUUCUCAAGUCCUUGAUGCCAUGUUUGAAAGGACGGUCAAAGUUGAUGAGCAUGUCAUUGACCAAGGAGAUGAUGGAGACAACUUUUAUGUCAUAGAACGGGGAACCUAUGAUAUUUUAGUAACAAAAGAUAAUCAAACUCGCUCUGUUGGCCAGUACGACAACCAUGGCAGUUUUGGAGAACUCGCUCUGAUGUACAACACCCCGAGAGCUGCUACCAUUGUCGCCACCUCAGAAGGCUCCCUCUGGGGACUGGACCGUGUGACUUUUAGAAGAAUCAUAGUGAAAAACAAUGCAAAAAAGAGAAGGAUGUUUGAAUCAUUUAUUGAAUCUGUGCCUCUCCUUAAAUCACUAGAGGUGUCGGAACGAAUGAAGAUUGUGGAUGUAAUAGGAGAGAAGGUCUAUAAGGAUGGAGAGCGCAUAAUCACGCAGGGUGAAAAGGCUGAUAGCUUUUACAUUAUAGAGUCCGGAGAGGUGAGCAUCCUGAUCAGAAGCAAGACUAAAGCAAACAAGGAUGGUGGGAACCAGGAGGUCGAGAUUGCCCGUUGCCAUAAGGGGCAGUACUUUGGAGAGCUUGCACUGGUCACCAACAAACCCAGAGCUGCUUCAGCUUAUGCAGUAGGAGAUGUCAAAUGCUUAGUUAUGGACGUACAAGCAUUUGAGAGGCUUCUGGGGCCCUGCAUGGACAUCAUGAAGAGGAACAUCUCACACUACGAGGAACAGCUGGUGAAGAUGUUUGGCUCCAGCAUGGAUCUGAUUGACCCCGGGCAGUAGGCAGAAGCCCAGAGCCUUCUCAGUGUGACACCAAAACCUCCCAGUCAGCCACAGAACGCACACAGAAGACAGACACAACAGACCCGUUCCUGCUGCUGCUGCUGCCGCCAGCUGCCAUCGCUGUGGCCAUGGGCAUGUAGGACACUUGAAAGUCAGCACUACAAGAUGGGCCGAGGUUCAGCCCACACCUCCUCCACUUUGCUUCUGAAAGCCCAUUAUUAGACCACUCGUAAUGAUUAUUCCAACCCAGUUGUCACAUCUUUGGUUCACAAUGGCAUGUCUCUCCAACAGUUUAAGUGCCUGAUACAAAGUCCACAGCAUAAUCAUCUUCCUUUCCUCUCUGGCUGCUACUAUUGCUGUUGGAAGUCACCACAGGUCUGCACAGAGCUGUGUUCAACUGUAGACACCUGCCCCUGACCUUUCUCAAGGGAGGAAUUGUCAUAGCCCUUGAUCUUCUCGUUUGUCCUUUGAGAAAGUCCGCAUUUGUUCACACUGGUAGCCUUCGGUUUUACAGUAGAAGAUGUGGCAGGGAGGCUGGAGGUCUGCAGGCCUGGGGCACCCAUGACAGCUAUCUCCAAACUCACAGCGAUGCUGGGGGGAAGGCCCUGCCCCAGGCCCAGCCGCUCAGCACCCCAGAGCACACUGAUUGGUCAUGAAGACCCGUGUUAGAGCAGAGAAUUUGCGUUCAGCACAUUCUUCAGGUAGCGGAGAGCCAGGGAAGGUUUUCUGGGUUGGGGGUUUUGUUUUGUUUUGUUUUGUUUCAGUAGAUUUUGUUUUGUUUUAUUUACUCUCUGUGCGGUUUGCAUGAAUGAAUUGUUGUCCGUUUCUAAGGAGCCAGGGUCUGGAUGUGCCAUGACUUUAUCUGACCCAAAUACUUCCCUGGGCAACUCCUGCCAUCUUGUUUCCAGUUGCCCUACCAGCUGAUAAUGGCAGUGUGCCAGCAAGAGGUUGUACUACAACCAAGAGAGCCCUUUCCUUCUCCAGUGUUGUUACAUGGCUUUGCUGUUGAACUAUCAAUUUUUAAACUCUUUAAAGAAGAAGCAGCUAUUUUUUUGAAAUUAAAAAAAUUUUUAUUUCUGUAUUUGGGGAAUUCCCGUUGGACCUGGUCAUAUAUAUCAGUGUGUCAGCUGACUCAGGCAUUCAUCCUGAAGAUCAACUCUUUGUUUUUAAAAAUCGGAAUCAUUCACUAUUUCAUGGAAUUACUGCAAAGACCUUUCUAAUUAAGGUGUUGGGAUAUUGGGGGUUCCAAUUAUUAACCCCAGAGGAAAGUAAAUUAGCUUGUAUUUUAAAACUUUUUAACCUUUUAAUUAUAUCAAGUAGAAUUGUGAUGAAUUAUCCUAAUUAACUAGAUAUAGUUAAGGAUAAAUUUUUUUUUUUGAGAAUGACUUAGAUGCUAUAAGAGAGCCUAAGAGCAGUGUGAAGUUUGCAUAGAGAUAAAUUUGAAUAUUGUAGCCAAGGUUAUAUUAAAUCAAGAGGCCCUUUCCAAUAUGAUUUACUUUUUAAACUUGUGUAACUCAAUAAAUCCCUAAGAGAUUGCAUGCUGGGGCUUGAGUCAUUCCUGUUGUAGGAUAAUGAUGGAGCCCACAUGGUCACUUCCAUUGUCCAUAGAAGCCGGGCUCUCUGCUUUUGCCAUGGACAGCGUGGUGGAGGGAUUUCCAGAGUGGUGACCCACCACAACCUUGGUCAAGUCUCUUUCUUGUGUUCCGUGAAGUGAAAGCAGAAGGACUCUUUUCAGACCGCCCUAGCUAGGUAGCCUGCAUUGCAGCUCCCAGAAUUAUGAAAGGUUGUAACUAAUACCCCAAAACAGGCAGCUAGCUAUGGGAAAGCCCAUGUGGGUUUUUUUCCCCACGAUUUUCCAAGGUUGUUCUUUUCUAGGGUGUUGCUUUAUUAUCAAAUAAAUUAAGAAAGCAGAUCUUGCACUUUAGCAGACAAGAAUCACACCUGUUUCUUCCAAAAGUAGGUACAGUGAGCUUCAGGAGUGUCAGAGAGGUCUAGCCCCCUCUAUUCAAGGACUCUGUUUAAACACUGAGCAGAUGCCCCCUUUGCACCCCCAUGCCAGCAUUAGUCAGGGCUGGCUGGGAGCUUAGUGCCAGGGUCACUCCUACAGGCUGCUAGGCAUGGGCUUCUCAUCCUGCCUUCUUGCACAUCCCAGUUCAGUCUUCCCCCUUCACAGAAGCCUCUUUGGUACCCCCAACUCACUGAUGGUUGCUGUUUUACAGAGUAGAAUUCAUCCAGGUUUAAGUCCUCUCAUGA